AUGGACAUGUACGCACUUGAUGCUCUGUGGGCUGUCCAUCGCUGCUCCACUGGUCCUCCGUCAACCACAAUCCCUGAGUUGUUCACUGCCUGGCUCCGUUGUUGCUCUGCUCUGCUGCUGUGGUCUCCCCCGGCUUGUGGCGAUGUUGGAUGGUCAGUGCUCCGUCAUUGCUGGUGGGGUCUUCAGGUGUUCAGCACAGGAGCUCCUGGACUUCUGCUGUCGCUUCACCCCAGGCUCCGCUGCUGGGACUGGAUCUUAUGGUCUCCUGCGUUGCCCCUGUUGCCUCCCAAACUAGAUAGCCAGGGAGGCUGCAAGCCCUCGGUCUUGCAUGUGGAGCUGAAGCCUCAAGUCUGUUUCCUGAGCAGCCUGAUCAGAAGUCUCCAGGCAUCCCUGAACAAAAGAUGUCUUGGAAUCUUCAUCAAGGUGGAAAUGGCCAGGACACAAGAUGGGACCACUGCACCCUUUUCCGAUCCAGUCUACCUCAAAGCAGCUGCCUUGGAUCCAGCCUUUUCUCUGUUGUGGGUGGAGCCCCAUGUGCUGGUCAAUCGUGACAUCAAGGCAGAGCUGGCACAACAAGUUAAAGAUGCUGCAGAGACUGAGCAACCUGUGCCUCUUGCUGAUGAAGAAGAGCAAGAGGACCUUAGACAAGGAGAAGAGCUUUUGCUGCAUACCAUAAGUGGCAGAAGAAGGAUGUUGGGACUACUCCAACACUACAGCUAAGUCACUACCUUGACAUAGCCAAAGGACAGAAUGUGCUUUUUGUUCUGGGCAUUGAACGUGAAGACUCUUCUAUUAGAGUGUUGGCAGUGCUGGCCUUCAGUGCUCCAGUAGAGCGAGUUUUCAGCCAUGACUAACAGGCUUUUGGCCAGACUUUUUGGUCUUUUACAAAUGCAAUGCAGCAUAGGGCCCUGACAUGUAAAAAGCACAACCCUGUUCAUUGGUAUGAUCAUGUAUUUGUUAUCUUUCUCACAUGUAAACACACACUCACACAUACACACACAGACAAUAUGAGAUGAGAUAAUUGAGCUAAGUACAGGACAGGACAGAAACUGCUGUGGAACUUAUUAAAAUGCAAUAUGCCAUGGAAAUACAAUGUUAGCACUUUGUACAAAUAAUUGCAGUUCCACUUGUUUCAUCAAAUGGGUUCAU